CAAGCUCCUCGUAGUGAUCCAUACAAGAUUUUAUGGCUGCGGAACGGAGCUCAAGCCAAGGGGAGUCUCGAUCGGGAGCACCAGACUAAGGAGGGUGCAAGCGGGAGAUAACAGUGUCUUCGCGCACGCAGCUCGGUUAACAAGGCAAACGGCAUCGUUCAGCGCUCAUCCACUUCAUCUUAUUGGCCGCUUCCUGCGGCGCGCUUCACUGUAACCAGGGUUAACUACUUUGAGCUCUGCUGAAGUAUCUAUAGUCAUGGGGGAAACACGUCAGAGCUUCUCCGUUGCCAAUAUUCUUGGCAAAGGUCCGCAUGACCCAAAGCUCGAAGAUAUGUACCGAGUCGACAAACAGAUUGGCAAGGGUGCUUUUGGUGUCGUGCGGGCGGGCUCGAAGAAAUCAACAGGCGAGCCUGUGGCUGUCAAGUCUAUCAGCAAGGCCAAGCUUGUCUGCAAAGAGGAUGUAAAGGACGUGCAGGCCGAGGUUGCCAUCAUGAACCUCGUUGCCGGGCACCCUUACGUUGUUACUCUCAAGAGUACACACGAGGAUAAGGAGUUUGUGCACAUUACGAUGGAGUUGUGCGCGGGUGGCGAGCUUUUCGACAGCAUCGUUGAGGCGGGGAACUUCACCGAGAAGAAGGCUGCGCUCAUUUUUCGCAAGAUGGUGGAGGUCGUGAAUCACUGCCACGAGCUAGGAGUUAUGCAUCGCGAUCUCAAGCCAGAGAACUUCCUGCUGACGAGCAAGGGCCCGGAGGGUGAGCUUAAGUUGACCGACUUCGGCCUGGGAGUGUUCUUCAAGCCUGGCGAGCGUUUCCGCGACCUUGUCGGCAGCCCCUAUUACGUCGCACCUGAGGUGCUGCGCAAGAACUACAGCCAUGAGGCCGACAUGUGGAGCCUGGGCGUCAUCCUUUACAUCCUGCUCUCCGGCCUGCCCCCUUUUUGGGGCGAUACCGAGGACCAGAUUUUCAAGAUGGUCUUGAAAGGUCACCUUGACUUCAAAACCGAACCUUGGCCCAAGAUUUCGGAUGCUGCAAAGGACUGUGUCCGGCGGUUGCUGGAUCAGGACGUAACGAAGCGCGCCACCGCGGCGCAAAUCCUGAAGCACGAAUGGCUGAUUAAGGAGGGCGUUGCGCUGGAUAUUGCCCUGGAUAGCGUGGUUCUCAAGCGGCUCAAGCAGUUCGCGCAGAUGAACAAGCUAAAGAAGGCCUGUCUGAUGGUAAUUGGGCAGCAUCUCACGCCGGAUGAGAUUGCAGGCCUCAAGGAGCUGUUCAAAUCGAUCGACGCGGACAGCAGCGGCACGAUUACGGUGGAGGAGAUGCGCAAGGCGCUAGCGCAAUGGGGCCACAAGAUCAACGAGGUGGAGCUGCAGCAACUCAUGUCAAUCGCGGACGUGGAUGGCGACGGUCUUAUCGACUAUAACGAGUUCGUGGCGGCCACGAUGCACCUAUCGAAGCUGGAAAAAGAGGAGCUGCUGCAACAGGCAUUCAAGCAGAUCGACAAGGACGGCAGUGGCACAAUCAGCGUUGUGGAGCUGGAGCACGAGUUGAAAAAAUUCGGUAUCUACGACGACGCCAAGGAGCUGCUCGCCACCGCUGACACGAACGGUGAUGGGCAUAUUGAUUAUCUCGAGUUUUGCUCUAUGCUCAGGAACAACAACGAAGCGCUCAAGCAGUCAACGCGGGCAAUUAAGCGCCAAUACUCGAAAUUCUUCUGAGCUGGUAGGUUGAGCUGGGAUGCAUAACUGUGAGGCUGGUUAAGACGUGUGUAGGCCUGUUUUGGAUUUCUGGACUUUGCUGGGUCGAAGCAGGAAAAUAGGUGAUUAGGUUGUCAUCGCAACAGAAUGGCCCGCUCAGGAGCGGGGGCGCGUAAAUGGCAGAUAGGUAACGCGAAGGCGCAUCAUGCAGGCCCUGGAUACGACCGGCCAAAAGCGGUACCUGGGGCAGGUUCUACAAGAGUAUGGCGGAAAUGAGUAUGGGUUCGCGUUCUAAUAGUUCUCUAGAGGGCAAUCAGCUCCUGUUUCAUUCGGGUGUAUUGACUUCUUGCAAGAGCACCCAACAGCAGCUUAUUAGGCAGGUGGGGUGCGACGUCGGCUGUGCUGCAACCGGAGGGCAGCUUGACGACGGGUUUAGGCUGGUGGGGCCCUUUUAGGUCGGUGGGUUAGUGGAUGGCCUACAGGACAUGAGUAAGAGCGAGGAUGGGUAUUAAGGGAUUUGCAUGAGCUGAUACGUGCAAGUGCGGCUACUGCAUGAGCGAAACGGGGAUGGGCUAGCCUGAUUGCGGCUGGAUGUGGCGUUUCCAACGUCUCAGCAUUCUAAGUAUGGCAGAUUGCGCCAGCUGGCCGCGCGUAUUCUUGUUUACGUUGCUACGCUGUUUUUGCGUUAUCUUUCGCAUUGUUUCGGGUCCCCUUCGGCGAGCAAGAGGGUCGGCAGCGGGGUCGAACCCUUUGAUGUGGCGUGCGAACCAAGGUUCAGGAGCAUGGCUGAGAACUAAGGCCGUAAAAGAGCGUUUCGUUUGCGCUGCUGGUAUGGGGUUUGCGUACUGCUGAAUGCGUUUCAAUUUCACUUCAUUCGCGUUCUAGGUCACUGCUGUGGAUGACGGUGGGACUGUGGGCGCGCAGGAUGGGAAAGAAUUGACUGACUAAGCCGACGAUUAACCAUGUCAGCAAAUGCAUCGCCGAUACAUCCUUCAGGUAUUCCGGCGUUCCCUCCUCUGAGGGCUUCCCUUUUUCUGAUCCAUGUCUGCGUUCACGGGGCCUGGUAGGAUGCGUAGGCUCUUGCGGGCAGCGGGGCUGCAUAGUUGCACCUCCACAGUUGCUAAUCGUGAGGGAGUGAAUUGUUGUACGUCAAGAUGGCACAUCGACAUUUAAGACCCUUACGUACAUUGAGUUGGCCAAUCAAGCGGAAGGCGUGCGGGGAUUAUUCAACCAUUGUGAUGGGCAUUUUGAUGUCCCGCGCCAAGGUCCUUUGACAGGCGGUCAUGGUAAGGGAUCAGCUGCCGAGAAGGUGUGUGUACCGUGCAGGCGGGGACCUGGUCAGGAGCAUUACAACGGCAUUCGGUGGUAUCGAUUAGUGCACAGCCGUGCAUAUUUCCCAGCGCAAACCAUGCAGAUGUGUCGGCUAGGGUGCUUGAGGCAUCGCUACAUGAUAGGGCAUAUGGUGCGCUCCUAUCAACUACGUGUGUAGUCGAAUCCCUGUGAGCUUCUGUGGCAUGGAACCAUGGAUUUGGCAAUGGCCAGUGUGCAGGGCGUGAUUCAAUAGUAGAUUUAGUGACCGCUGCUGUGCAGAUGCUCAACUACGAACAUCCGGACAAAUGAUGCCAGUCCAGCCGAAACGCUUUAAACGUUUGAAAGCGCCAUGACGGCGAUGGCAACGUUUGGCCAGGCCAUUUAUGGACUAACUCGCCGACAGAUCCAUGCGCCUAUCUGCAUUUGCGCCUGGAGACUGCACACACCUGUGUGUUCGCUCGUACAGCCAAUUAUGGUUCUGAUUCGCACGUGCCAUGCUUACGUCCAGCUGUUUAAUGCCAAUUACUGAAGUUAGGGGACCGGCAGCAGGCGUCAAUUGCUGCGGCUAGGGGAGAAUGGUAACCACGUGCCUUGAAGUUCUCGCAUCCAACAAGCUCUUGCAACUGCAGCCCAGGAAUCGUCCAUCCCCGGAAUGAGCUACCGUGCACACCACCAACUCCCAUACCGUGCAUGUUGUACACCACGUGGGCAAGUCACACCAUCGUCCACCACCGGCGGUCACGGACAAGCCAAAUCUGGUCCUAUAUACGCGUAUGUGCACGCUCAAAGCACCUCGAGCAAACGGUUUGAACCAUCGACCCUGAACCCGUACGUAUGGAGCUUGGAUGCCACGGUGAGGGCACUCGAGACCCUCCAUCAAUACUGAUUGGCCACUGCAAUCACCAUAUACCCACCCAUUGCGUCGUAAGUGCCCACAACUCGUCACCUGAGAUUGUUCCUAAGCACCUCUAGUCAGCACCUCGCGUACCAUGCGGGCAGGGACGCCCGCAACAUUUCCUAAAUUCGGCGCUAAAAAGCUAAACCACCUUUCCUUCCUCAACAUUUAUUGCCUCGCCACUAAAGUCGGAUCUUACAGCAAGGAGGGCAAGCCGGUCGCUGCACCCGCCGUCCCGCCUGGACCCGCCAUCGCCGCCUCUACCGC